GUCUUCCCUCUACCUCCAGACAUCUUGGUGGAAAUCUUUCUAAAUCUGCCUCCCAAUCAGGUUGUUUGUGUGAUUCGGUUGGUGUGCCAUCAAUGGAAAGAUUUGGCUGAUGGGGAGUUUUUCUGGAGGGAGAGGUGUAGAAGAGAGGGGUAUCACCUCCAGGAUGCCUCCAGAGCACCCAGCAACUGGAGGCUGUUUUAUUUUAUGUGUAAGAGAAGAAGAAAUCUUCUUAAGAAUCCAAGAGGGGAAGAUGGUUUUUUAGGUUGGGAUUUAUCAAAUGGUGGAGAUGGAUGGAAUAUCGAGAGACCUAUUGUGCCCCAUCCAAAUGAAGCCAUUCAAAAGAACUUUGCCACCUCUUAUCAGAUGUGCAUCAAGUCACAGAUGAUUGAAUUGGAGAAGGAAGGUUACAGCCCUUCAUUUAUGGAUGAGUUCCAGCCUUCCAUCAGAAUAUCUGACUGGUAUGCACCUCGGUGCAGAUGUGAAUAUGUAAUCUCCGUGCAGCUGCUGAAUCACAGGAAAGAGGUUCUUCAGGAGUUUAAUCCUGACGCUGUGUACUUACCACAGUUUGACCAGCAGAUUGGUGAUCAGUGGCAUCAAAUGACCCAUGUGUUCAAGAACUAUGGACCAGGAGUGAGAUACAUCCAAUUUAUUCAUGGUGGGAAAGAUAGUGUAUUUUGGAAAGGAUGGUAUGGCGCUCGUGUUACAGAGAGCUGUGUUGAAGUGUUUCCAGCCAUGGACACGUAGUUUUUAAUGCUCACUAUUGAAACACUUUCCUUAACUUGAAAGAGAAAUUCUUCAUGCUUUUGGCUCCUGAGGCUUUUUUUCUGUGGCCCACAGAAAAAUCCCCCUAAGACGUCCCUGAAUCACCGUGUCUGAAAAACUCACUAAUCUCAUGUUUUUUUUUACUUAAUAUAUACAAUAUUCCUAUUUCUGAUGCAUUCUUCAAAUAUUUUACCCUGCAUUAAGUCAAACUCUGCACACUUUUCUCCCUUUGGUAACUAGCUUCUAAGUAUAAGAUCAAGAUUAUUAUCUAUAUUCCUGUGAUUAAGACAUUUGAUUGUUUUCUGCACUUCAGCUUACCACUAACACAACUCUCACGGUGCAGUCUUUACCUGGGCUGGAGAGUUGCAUGAGUUUAAAGAGUAGUUUACUGCAUCAUACAUGAGGCAUCAACAAAUCUCAUUUUCCUUCAUAAUUAAAACCUACCGGGAUGUAUUUUUUACUAAAUAAAGAACUGCAGAAAAUGCAAUGUCAGAUCAACAAAUGACACAUCCAUCUGACAGAAGUCAUGUUUUGUGUUUCCAAUAAAAUUACCAUUAUGAUUUAUUCCCGUUUGUGUAACAUUGGACUUUAUUUAUUGAUCAAAUGUCUCAGAGAACCUUGUCUCAGCAGCUUUAUUGUAAAUACUAUGAGGCAAUUUAUGUUCUGCUUUUAUUAUCUUAAUACGUCAUCCUUUAAACAUCAGCUCUUGAUGCCACUUCUUGAAAAUGCUCCAUAUUAUUUACUACUUUCUGUCAUUUUGCGUUUAAAGUUAAGUUACACAUGAGAUAAAUAAAUACAAGACACUGAA